AUGCCGCCGCCGCCGAGGCCCACCGCCACGUGUGAGUAUACACGACACAAGCAUAGACCCGGCGCAGCGCCAGCCGGCCGCGCGCCUGCUGCAGCACCCCUUCCUGCGCCGCGCCGGCCCGCCCGCGCUGCUCGUGCCGCUCAUGCCGCCGCCGCCGAGGCCCACCGCCACGUCGCCAGCCGGCCGCGCGCCUGCUGCAGCACCCCUUCCUGCGCCGCGCCGGCCCGCCCGCGCUGCUCGUGCCGCUCAUGCCGCCGCCGCCGAGGCCCACCGCCACGUGUGAGUAUACACGACACAAGCAUAGACCCGGCGCAGCGCCAGCCGGCCGCGCGCCUGCUGCAGCACCCCUUCCUGCGCCGCGCCGGCCCGCCCGCGCUGCUCGUGCCGCUCAUGCCGCCGCCGCCGAGGCCCACCGCCACGUGUGAGUAUACACGACACAAGCAUAGACCCGGCGCAGCGCCAGCCGGCCGCGCGCCUGCUGCAGCACCCCUUCCUGCGCCGCGCCGGCCCGCCCGCGCUGCUCGUGCCGCUCAUGCCGCCGCCGCCGAGGCCCACCGCCACGUCGCCAGCCGGCCGCGCGCCUGCUGCAGCACCCCUUCCUGCGCCGCGCCGGCCCGCCCGCGCUGCUCGUGCCGCUCAUGCCGCCGCCGCCGAGGCCCACCGCCACGUGUGAGUAUACACGACACAAGCAUAGACCCGGCGCAGCGCCAGCCGGCCGCGCGCCUGCUGCAGCACCCCUUCCUGCGCCGCGCCGGCCCGCCCGCGCUGCUCGUGCCGCUCAUGCCGCCGCCGCCGAGGCCCACCGCCACGUGUGAGUAUACACGACACAAGCAUAGACCCGGCGCAGCGCCAGCCGGCCGCGCGCCUGCUGCAGCACCCCUUCCUGCGCCGCGCCGGCCCGCCCGCGCUGCUCGUGCCGCUCAUGCCGCCGCCGCCGAGGCCCACCGCCACGUCGCCAGCCGGCCGCGCGCCUGCUGCAGCACCCCUUCCUGCGCCGCGCCGGCCCGCCCGCGCUGCUCGUGCCGCUCAUGCCGCCGCCGCCGAGGCCCACCGCCACGUGUGAGUAUACACGACACAAGCAUAGACCCGGCGCAGCGCCAGCCGGCCGCGCGCCUGCUGCAGCACCCCUUCCUGCGCCGCGCCGGCCCGCCCGCGCUGCUCGUGCCGCUCAUGCCGCCGCCGCCGAGGCCCACCGCCACGUGUGAGUAUACACGACACAAGCAUAGACCCGGCGCAGCGCCAGCCGGCCGCGCGCCUGCUGCAGCACCCCUUCCUGCGCCGCGCCGGCCCGCCCGCGCUGCUCGUGCCGCUCAUGCCGCCGCCGCCGAGGCCCACCGCCACGUCGCCAGCCGGCCGCGCGCCUGCUGCAGCACCCCUUCCUGCGCCGCGCCGGCCCGCCCGCGCUGCUCGUGCCGCUCAUGCCGCCGCCGCCGAGGCCCACCGCCACGUGUGAGUAUACACGACACAAGCAUAGACCCGGCGCAGCGCCAGCCGGCCGCGCGCCUGCUGCAGCACCCCUUCCUGCGCCGCGCCGGCCCGCCCGCGCUGCUCGUGCCGCUCAUGCCGCCGCCGCCGAGGCCCACCGCCACCGCCAGCCGGCCGCGCGCCUGCUGCAGCACCCCUUCCUGCGCCGCGCCGGCCCGCCCGCGCUGCUCGUGCCGCUCAUGCCGCCGCCGCCGAGGCCCACCGCCACGUGUGAGUAUACACGACACAAGCAUAGACCCGGCGCAGCGCCAGCCGGCCGCGCGCCUGCUGCAGCACCCCUUCCUGCGCCGCGCCGGCCCGCCCGCGCUGCUCGUGCCGCUCAUGCCGCCGCCGCCGAGGCCCACCGCCACGUGUAAUUAA